AAGGGGAAUCCAUCAAAAAUAAAACGGAAAAGAAGCAAAAAGAGCGAGAGAAAAUGGGAGAUAGAAAGGGAGAUGAUAAGUCUGAAGCUGCUAACGAAGACAUGCUGGCUAACAUGAAGGCUGGCUUUGACAACGUGACUAGGCAGAUUGGGUCCAAUAGCGAGGAAAACAGCAAAGAAAUGAAGGACAUUCGAGAGAGUAUCCAGAAUUUGGGAAGUAUGCUGAGUCUAGAACUAGCCACUUUUAAGGUGGAGAUGAACAACAGAUUCGAGGCCUUCGACAGGGGAAGUGAAGCGCAGGGCAGAGAUAUCAUAGACAUUCAAGAGCGCGUCGUGGAGAACGAGGAAUGGAACGCAGAGCUGAAGGGGAUUCUCGCCUCUUCGCUCAAGCAGCAAAGGAGACUACAGGAAAAAGUAACAGACUUAGAAGGGAGAUCAAGAAGAAAUAAUAUUCGAGUUCGGGGAGUACCAGAGGGCACAGAGAAGGAUUCGGUACCCAAGUUUAUAGAGAAGUUGAUACGCGAGAAACGUAAGUUCGGGGAAGAUCCCGACCUACAAAUACAACGUGCUCACAGAGCGUUGGCACCGAAACCUGCCUCGAAUAAGAAUCCCAGAGCUAUCAUUGUCAACUUCCUGCAGUACCAAAUGAAGGAUGACAUCCUCAGAAAGGCCUGGCAGACAAAAAUUGCGAUUGGAGAAAAGAUGGUGACGUUCGACCACGAUUACCCAGCGGAGGUGGCUGCAAAGCGCCGUGGCUAUGCGGGUCUGAAGAGAGCUCUGAAGGGAAAAGGGAUUAAGUUCCUGUCACCUCUAACAUCAUUGAGAGUCCACUGGCAAGGAGGCGUUCAGACCUACGGCAGUCCACAAGAAGCUGCACGGGCGAUGGAGGAGAGGGGAAUGAAGGUGGAAGGUCUGGUCGAGAAGGAACAACCGUCGCUGGAGCAGCAGCUUGAAGCCGCUUAUAAAUGGCGCAGAGUUGGGGACCAGGAGACCGAAGUCGCUGGGAGAGCAAGGAAGGAGCUGAUGCGGUUUUCUCGGAAGGAGUAGACGAGAAUAAAUUAUCCUUGUAGCCGUUAACAUGGAACAGGCACGAACUUUCGCAUUUCCUAAUUUUUUUAAUUUUUUUUUACUCGUUGGUUCUCAAAGUUACGUAAGUAGCCUGUAGGCAUAUACUUUCCUAUAUGCCUAUGUGAAAUGGGGAGAGAUAAUGAACCCCAGUCUACCAUGGGAGAUCACUUUUUUCUUUACUGUUUAGUUAGAAUAGCUGUUGCUGAGGUUUUUUAUGUGUCCAUGUUUAGCUUAUGGGUAAUGAAAGUGCACUGGGGAACUGAUGUAUAAUGCAGCAUGAAGGUGUUAAAGUGGUAUCAGUGAAUGUGAAUGGGCUGAGUAGUCCAAUUAAAAGGGCAAAGUUUAUGGCCAAAUUCAAAAAAGAAAAAUUACAAGUGGUGUUUCUACAAGAGACACAUUUGUCUACAGAGGAACAUGAGAAACUAAAGAGGUUUGGGUACAACAAUACGUUUUAUAGCACUUUCCACAAACAAAACAAUAGGAGAGGGGUAGCCAUAUUAAUAACAAAUUGUACCAAAUUUGAACUUGGAAAAGAAAUAUGUGACAAGGAGGGAAGAUAUAUAAUGAUAAAGGGUAAAUUAGAGGGACAAAGAGUGACAUUGAUCAAUGUAUAUGCACCCCCAGAUAGCAAGAAAACCUUCUUUAAAUCAUUAUUUGACAUCAUUAAUGAAGAACUAGAGGGGAUCUUAAUAUGUGGAGGGGACUUCAAUAUGGUGAUGAACUACCAUCUAGAUACAACUAGCACAAAGAAGAAUAGGACAUGGCUUAAUAGAUAUAUGAAUAUACAACUGGUUGACUUGGGAAUGGCAGACGUUUGGAGAGAACUACAUCCCUUGGAGAGAGACUACACACACCACUCCGUCCCACACCAAAUGUAUUCAAGGUUGGACUAUUUCUUCAUGACAAAAGGAGACAUGCAUAGGGUUGAGGAAUGUAGGAUUGGGGUAGCAGAUUUAUCAGACCAUAACGCAGUCUACAUGACAAUACAUUUAAACAAGAGAAGGAGAACUACAGUGUGGAGGAUGAAUGUGGGGAUUCUGAUUCUGAUAAAGACCCGGUAGAAAGAAUAAAAAAAAAUAUAAAUAGGUAUAUAGAGGAAAAUGAUAAUGGGGAGGUAGAUCCAAACAUUCUUUGGGAUGCGCUUAAGGCCGUCAUUAGGGGGAACUUGAUAGCUCAGACAACUCUGCUGAAGAAAUCCAGACUAGUAAAUUACCAGACACUAAUUGGACGUUUAAAGGACUUGGAGAGAAAACAUAAUGCCACAAGUGACCCAGAGAUACUUAGACAAGUGAAAGAAACAAAGAAUAAAAUUGAUAAUAUACUACUGACAGAAGUGGAAAAGAAAGCUAGAUUUGUUAAACAAACCUAUUAUGAGGGAGGUUCCAAAGCAAGCAGAUUAUUGGCUAGACGCAUAAGAAAACAACAAGCAUUGAAUACCAUAUACAAAAUUAGAGAUCCACAAACUAAUGAUUUGCUUACCGAACCGGACGAAAUUGAGAGAGUAUUCAGAGAAUAUUAUCAAAACUUAUACACACAACCAGAAGCGGCAGACGAACAAGAUAUGGAAAACUUCCUAGACAGGUUGGAACUACCGUCAAUAGGGGAAGAGCAGAAUACAUUAUUGACGGCAGACAUCACAGAGGAGGAGAUGGAAAGGGCCAUCUCUAGAUUGAAGAACAAUACCAGUCCGGGAAGUGACGGGCUUCCUUCAGUGUUCUACCGUAUAUUUAGAAAAGAGUUGACCCCGGUGUUGUUGGCCUCAUUUAGGUACACAAUUAAGGAAGGGAAAAUCCCUCCUUCAUGGAAGGAGGCCAUUAUCACAACCAUACCCAAAGAGGGCAAAGAUAAAGAGCACUGUAGUAGUUAUAGACCAAUAUCAGUACUGAACGUGGACUACAAGAUGUUUACAUCAAUUAUUUCCAAAAGAUUUGAGACAUUCAUGACUGACAUUAUAGACGAAGACCAGUCCGGCUUUAUUUCAGGAAGACAGACACAGGACAAUAUUAGGAGGAUGAUACACAUUGUAGAAGAGACUCAACGAACAAAGAAUAGUGCAAUUUUAGUUAGUGUAGACGCGGAGAAAGCAUUUGAUAGUGUCAACUGGAUUUACCUAUAUAAGGUGUUAGAAAGAUUUGGUCUCAAUAAGGAAUCUGUCAAGUGUAUUAAAACAUUAUAUCAAGAGCCGACUGCUAGGAUCAAGGUGAAUGGUAGUCUCACAGACUCUUUUGGUCUGGGAAGAUCUACUAGACAUGGGUGUUGUCUCUCUCCAACUCUCUUAGCAAUAUUCAUAGAGCCAUUGGCACAGGCGAUUAGGCAGAACCAGGAUAUCAGAGGGGUGAAGGUGAAUGGUACUGAACAUAAGAUAGGGCUAUUUGCGGAUGAUGUGGUAGCCUACUUGGAGCGACCAAGUGAAUCCUUCCAUGCAUUGAUGAACCUGUUGGAGGAGUAUGGGUAUUACUCAGGAUAUAUACUUAAUGUUACCAAAACACAGAUCUUGGCCAUAAACUAUACCCCUACACCAGAGUUAAAAAAGAAAUAUAAAAUUAAAUGGAAUUCAGAAACAAUUAGAUAUCUGGGAGUGAACAUCACGAAGGGAGUUUGAUCUUAGUUCAAGGAUAGAAAUAAUUAAGAUUAAUGUAUUACCGAGGCUAUUGUACCUCUUCCAAACUCUGCCAGUAAUGAUACCACCGAAACAGUUCAUGGAGUGGGAUAGAUGGAUAUCCAGGUUCAUAUGGGGGGGUAGGAGGCCAAGAAUUAGAUUUAGCACCAUGCAGCUCCACAAGGACAAAGGGGGCAUGGCUGUACCGAAACUACAAGACUACUUCUAUGCUGCACAACUCAGGGCUGUAACAUGCUGGUGUAAUAGAGAAUAUGUAGCUAGAUGGAAGGAUAUAGAAAUGAAGGUUGAGGCUAGCCCCAUACAAAUAUUAAUGACCGAUAGGGAAUUGUUUAAAAGGGAAGAGAGAUUGUUAGACCCGAUAACUAAAUUCACAUUGUGGACUUGGCACUUGGUAGUGAGAAAGUAUGGAAUAGAGAAUGAAAUAAGGCCUCUGAGGUGGAUAACCCAUGACAAAAGAUUCAAACCAGGAAUAAGUGAUUUGGGCUUUGAGAGAUGGGCAAAUAGGGGUAUUACAGCAAUAUGCACACUAUUAGAGAAGGGUAAAUUGCAGAGUUUUCAGGCUAUAAGGGAGAAAUUUGAUUUGGAAGCAAAUGACCUCUUUCGGUAUUUUCAGGUGAGGGAUUAUUAUUUAAAGGAAAUAAAGUUAAAAGAACCCAAAGAACAGAACAUGAUUAUUACAAUAAUGAUAAAUGCAUAUGAAGGGAGAAAAUGUAGAGUGAUCUCAGCCCUAUACCAAGCUCUAGGGUCCAGUGGGGGAAAUGCAACUGUUUAUAUUAAAGAAAAAUGGGAAAAAGAAAUUGGAAUAGAAAUAACAGAAGAUGACUGGUAUACUGUGUGCAAGGGCCAACACUCAGCCACCAUCUCUAGGAUAUGGCGAGAAUUUGGAUGGAAAAACAUUAUGAGGUAUUUCAUUACACCAAAGAUUAAGGGGAGAUACGCACCAGACCAGAAACCAUGUUGGAGGUUGUGUGGUCAAAUGGAGGCAGACCAUACACAUGUGUUUUGGAAAUGUCAAAAGAUGAAAGGAUACUGGGAGGGAGUGUGGAGUGUGCUGAGGGAAAUAUUGGGAUAUGAGAUACCAAAAACUUGUCUUGUAUUAUACUUGGGGAACAUUCCACAAGAGGAGGUACAAGGAGGGGAUAAAUACCUGGUGAAAGUAUUAUUAUUGGCCAGCAGGAAGGCAAUUACAAGGGCCUGGUAUAAAGUAGACCCCCCUACUAAAGAACAGUGGCUGAGUAUUGUGGAGGAGAUCUAUGACAUGGAGAGAUUUACACAUACCCUUAGAAUGCAGGUUGAACAGUUUGAAGGAAAAUGGGAGAAAUGGAAUUAUUACAGAAGGGGUGAGGGUGAUACCACUACUAUUCAUAGUAGUGGUAUUUCAUGCAAUCAGUAGUUCUCUAGGCAGAAUGGUCAAAUCAAAUAUAGCAAAUUAAAAAGGCUUUUUGAAGAGAAAACCCUUCUUGAUCAGAAAUAGCAAUUAAAAUUGCUUUUAAAGGCUAUUGCCAAGGAAUAACAGCGCUUUAGAAGUAGAAGGUAGCAAUUAGAAUUGCUUUUGAUUCAAUGGAUGGCCAAGGAAUAUGCUCUUCGGAAGUUCAGUAGAUUUCAGCUGAUAGAUUUCUGUGGGAAGUAGCAGGAACCUUCUUGCUUCAGAAAUUUCUGAGAGUGAAUUCUUUCAAAAUCAGUCCAGUAUUUAUGAUGCAAUGAUGAGUCUUUGCUCAUUGGUUAACAGAGCCCCAGUGCAGUGAAGCCCCACCUUUAUUCAUGUGCUGCUUUAGAAAUUGUCAAUGGGCCAUUCAAAUUGGUUUCACAUCUUUCAGGGAAGGGCUAGGGCUGGUUUCACUCGAAGAAAUUAUGCAAAACUGCAUUGCAGUGCCACAGUUGCUCUGUGUGUGAAUGAAAUGCAUCAAUUUAUGUACAGACACAAUUAUUAUCUUUUCCAGACCUUGGGGAAUGUGUGAUUGAAAUGAUGAAUCAAAUGUGGAGAAAAAGCCAAUCUUGGAAAAAGUCUGCAAGUUUGCUGAAGUUUAACCAAAAUGAGAGACACAUCUUCAAAAACACAGGUAAGAACACGCCCCUUUCAGCUUGCAACAAUAGCUUGUGGGGGGAGGAGCUCUAUGCAACAGGCAUUAUAAAUACUGGAAUUUCAUGGUGAAGAAUUUACUUUCAGGAUUUUCUGAAGCAAGAAGGCUGUUGCCAUUUCCACUGGUCUCAUCUUGAAAAUGCAUCAAAGGUAAGCCUUUCUUUUAUUUUUCAUGAAAAUAUGUUGAUAUGAUCUGUAGAUAUAGAAUACACUCAGCUCUUCAUGAUCUACAAAAAAGUAAUAUCUGAAUUAUUUUCUCUCUUCACAUACUGAAAAUUGUAUAGGGGUAUUACUUUAUUAUUUUGUAAUAUUUGAUAUAGUACCAUUCUCCUUUUUACAUUCCAUGCUUUGUAAUGCCUUGUAUGUAAUGCCCUGCUAAGUAAUGCCUUUUUUUUCUAAUUCAAGUAAAACAGCAAACAGGCACUACUUGCUCUGUCCACGCUGUCUCAAAACACAAGCAAGCCUGUCUGUCCAUUUGCGGAGGGUAUGCUUGAAGGAUGGCUCUGAUGCAGCUGUUAAUGCCAUUGUUGACAAAGCAAAGCACGAUGCAGCUGAGCUCCUACAGAAAGGCAGAAUUUUCAAAUAUUCAGAUCUCACUGCAAUUACGUCAGAUGAAAAUACACUCAAAAGACUGGUUGAGGAGCUGAAACGUCACCAUUUGGUUGUGACUGGAGAACCCUGCCCCCCGGCAGAAGCCAACACCGAGCCGUUAGCUGCUCAGACACUGCCCAAUGAUGAUGAUGCUGAAGUAGGACCAUCAGCUGCUGAAACAUCUUCUUCAGAGGAAAGCAGCUCUGCUGCCUUAGGCGAGGGAAACAACUGUGACUUUUCCAGGGAGAGUGCAAGUAGCAGUAGUCCCAACAGAAAGACCCGUUCUGGUACUGCUGCAAAGUCAAAGUCAGAAUCAACAUUUGACAUCCUACAAAUAAAGUUUCCGGUAACAAUUGCUGGGCCUAAACCACACAGGUCCACAUCCACUAGGCCAACCACGAGCCUUCUUGAAUGUCAUCAGGAGGCUCCUGAUGACAUGGCUGAUGAGGCUCCUGAUGAAACUCAAGAAAACAUUAAAGGAGCAAAGUAUUCUGCAGCUGUGAAGCAAUCCAUGUAUGAAAAAGGCCUUUACAAUCGACAUUCUCUGGAUCACCCACUCCUUCAAGCCUUCGCAAUGCACCUGAACAAAGAAAAAAACAUUCAAAACUACAAACAGGAGGUUGAAAAUGUUUCCCGGUUUCUAUAUUUUGUUAACAACGAGGAAGCAUCCCUUCAGUUUGUCUAUCAGAGACAGAAACUGGAUGUUUUCCUCAAGGAAAUCACUGGCCUGACUAAGAGAACACAGUCAAAUUACCUCAAGUCCUUGAAAAGAUUCCUGAAUUUUCACACGGACAGAACCAACCUUCAUAGUAUGGAUGCAGACCUCCAUGAAGAGUGCACAGAAUAUAGUCGUGUCCUCACAUCUACGCUGAGACUCCUGAGCAAGCAGGCAAAGAAGGAGAUCUUCCAGAAAAGGCACGCCUUUCUGAUGGACGAAAAUGCGUUGACAACUGAAGACUGUCAGGUUGUAUUGGUCCAGGCCAAGGACCCAUUCUUGGCAUGUAUGGAUAAACUGUCUAAAGAUGAUGCUGUCGUAUUGGAUUCUGCAGAUGAAACGCUUGUGUUGUACUACCUUGAAGCUGUUGUGAUUCUAGGACACGUUCAAAGGCCGAGUGUCGUGCAGAACAUGACUGUGAGUGAGUGGUUAUCCAGGGACAAAGCCAUCUCAAAAGAGACAGGUGAGCCACUUUGGGUAGUCGGAGUAAAGGAACACAAGACAUCAACGCAACAGGUGGCGACAUUUGCGCUGUCAAAGGAGGAGGAGCACUGGUUUGAUUUGUACUACAAACGGUUGCGGCCAGGCUUCCAGAGGGCCGCCAGGAAACGAAAGAGGGAUGAGGAUGAGACUGAUCCAAAAGAUUUCUUCUUCCUCUCCAGCGUAGGGAGGCAGAUUCACCGCCCCUCAACUGACCUGAGCCGGCUGGAAAAAAAGUUCGCUGUCCCAGCGGUGACCAGCCAGAUGGCCCGCAGAAUCCAUGAGACUGCAACAAAGGACAUGCCCAGUUCAUCAAAAACAUUGGUGGCCAGUUACCUUACUCAUACCAAUGCAACAGCAGAGCAGCAUUACCGCUACAAGACAACUGAGAAUAUUUUAGAGGGCAACAAAACUUUGAUUGCUUUAGCUGCUGCAACGUCUUCUUCAGAGGAAAGCAGCUCUGCUGCCGAGGGAAACAACUGUGACUUUUCCAGGGAGAGUGCAAGUAGCAGUAGUCCCAACAGAAAGACCCGUUCUGGUACUGCUGCAAAGUCAAAGUCAGAAUCAACAUUUGACAUCCUACAAAUAAAGUUUCCGGUAACAAUUGCUGGGUCUAAACCACACCGGUCCCUUUUGGAGGUGGAUGACGUUAGCUGGCGAAAAGCAUAUGACUGUUGGCUGCAUGGGCAGCAGAAACUACGACAAGAAUACGUUCGCUCAAAAUUCCCUUGGCGUCAACCAUCAACAAAGUCUCUCCAAAAGUUGAUUAAAAAUCAGGGAUGGGAUGGCACAACAGACACCAUGCAACUUCUCCGCAGUUGGAUACCCUCUGGAUCUGGUGAAAAUAUCAUGGACUGCACAGCAAUUCAGAAACUUGAAAAGAAUCAGAGAUGGAAAGGACUUCGUACCCAACAAUCUGAAGGGCAGGGCACAAGCGUCAUGGCAAAACGCAAGUUUCGUGUUGGUGAAGUGGUGUGUGACUACCAUGCGGCUGUUGUCACAGUAAGUGAUGGCAAGGAGGACAGCAGAUGUGAUUGCCACACCAAGCAGCCGCCAGGCAAAUUAAUCAAGUACUCCGAAAAUAACUCAAACGUAACGCCCAAACAUUGCCCUUUGGUAUUGAAUGGAGAGAGAAUGCAUGUGACUCUUUUUCUUGCAACCAAGAUUAUUUCUCCAGAUGAAGAGGUGUUGCUCCCUCUUAGUUUCAAAGGAACUCUUUGAUAUACUCUUAAAGCUUACAGGGCAUCUGCCUUCAGAGACACAUAUGACAUGUCCCUGGUUGGUGAAAUGUUUCAUAUGUGUUUUUGUUGGUGCUGAUGGCUUGUUCAGGGAAAGCUUGUGUAGCUUAAAAUUGAGGAUUUGUUCUAAUUAACUUGGUUUUGUAUUGUACAUGUGAUAAAUGUUUUUUCUUCAAAUAAAGGCUUGCGUAAUUUCACCUCAAGUGUCUCUCUCUAUGUUGACACCUCACACCUCACCUGACACUUGGCAUCUUAAGUGUCUCUCACACACAGCUCACUCUACCUGCAGCAGCCCCUCCCCCUCCCCCUUCCCCUUCUCAUGACAGGCAGCUGAGGAACAGCUUGGCA